AUGGCUUUGCGUUCAAUUCGAGACAUGUUGAGUAAUCUACCAGAAGAGAUACUAGAAAAUAUCUGUUCAUCUUUGUCAAUAAGAGAUGUGGUAAGGACUAGUAUCCUGUCAACUAAUUGGAGAUAUAAAUGGAUUUCAGUUCCACAUCUCAUAUUCAAUGAUGAAUGUAUACCAGUUUCUGAUGGUUCACUUGGUGGUCAUGAUAAACUUGUUAAAAUUGUCAAUCAUGUUCUCCUACUUCAUAGAGGCCCGUCCUUACCCAAUGUUGAUGUGCCGAGGAGGCUUACUUAUACUUAUGGUCAUUUGAAGAGGAUCUCCUUCCGAUUAAACUUGGAGGAUAUGAAAGAGAUUUUAGUUUCUAUCUGUUUACUUAACAGCUCACCUAAUUUGCAGGAACUUGAAAUCAGGCUCUGGAAUUUUAGGAAAUAUGCUAUUGUUCCUGUCAUGGAUCUGCAAGAAGUAAAUGAUCAGUUGGAGUGUACAUUCAACAAACUCCGGGUUAUAAAUAUUUCUGAACUCUUUGGUAUGGAAAUUGAACUGGUACUCGUUAAAUAUAUCCUUGCCAAUUCGCCAAUGCUUGUGACAAUGAAUAUCAGUCUUGCAAAAUGGGGCAUUGAAGUAGUACCAUUGUUGAAAGAAUUGCUUCAAUUCAAAAGAGCUUCACCACAAGCAGAAAUUGUGUAA